AUGCCAGAAUUAUGGGAAGACGCAGGACUAUUGAUGGACAUACUUUUGAUUGUGCCAUUUUACGAAAAUAUAAUAAAAGAAAUGAAGGAUGCAUAUAAUAGUUUAUAUGAUCUGGUUAUAGUAUUAAAAGAUAAAAUAGAUUAUAUAGAAAAUCCUAUAGAACUAUGUAUACCAAAUGGAAAUGAAAAUAAUAUGAUUAGCGAUUUUGAAGUUAAUUUUGCACACACUGAAAAAGAAAAAAUAAAUAAUACUCCUUUGGAAAUAAUUGAUGAUAUUAACUGUUCAGAUAAAAAAAUGAAUUUGUAUAAUACAGAUAAGUUAAAUAAUAUUUUAUGUAAGAAUAGUUUUAGUCCUAUAAAUGAUAAAAAUGAGAAAGAGGAAAUAGGAAAUUCGAAAAAUGUGUCUAUAGAUAAUCUACAUAAUUAUCAAAAUAAUAAAAAAGAAGUUUUAUUUUGUGAAAAAAAAAGUGACAUGAUAAAUUAUGUAGAUAAUCAUUUUAAUGUUGGGUAUUAUAGUGAAGGGAUUGAAAUUGGAAAUAGAAGAAAACGAAAAAAAAAAAAAAAAAAAAAUAGCGAAAAAAAAAAGACACAACAAGUCUAUUCUGUUGAUGAAAUAAAAAAUAUAAUCAACAUGAAUUGUGAAAAUGAAAAAAUUAAAGAAGCUAUAAAAAAAGUGAAAUUAUUAAAAGGUAGUGAAAAUAAUGAAAUAAGUAAUUAUAAUAAUUUUGGAAAAAAUAAUUUAGCUAGUUUAGAAAAUGGUGAGUCAAACCAAGGAGACAUAAAAAUAGGUGAUAAAAAUAAAAAAAUAAAUAAUUGUGCAGAAUAUUUUUCUGAUUUAAAUUUUUCAGACAAUUCGAUAGACUCAAAUAAAAUAAGGAUACUUAAUUUAGUUAAUGAAAAUAAAAUGUUAUCAAAAAUAUUAAAUAAAAAAAAGAAAUAUUAUGAAAAUAUUAUAUUUAAAAAUAUAAAAUCUGGAAAUAAUUUAUAUGACAAUACAAAGGAACAAUUAAUCUAUAAUAAAAAUUAUUUAGUAGAAAAUAAUUCAGAAAAAAAUAACUAUCAAAAUUUAAAACCUUUUUUUGCUAAAAGUUUGCAAAAUGAGUUUAACAAUAAUGAAAAUAAAAAUAAAGUUACAAACAUAUACAGCGAGCAAAUCAAAGAUACAAGCAUUCCAUAUAGUGAAGAAUCAAGCAAAAUAAAUUUUAAGCAAUUUAGAAACACAACAGAGCAAAAUAAAACCUUUGAAAAGGAUGAGCAUAAACACAAUUCUCUUUGUAAUGACACUACUCAUGAAUGUGCCAACAACUUGUGUAGGCAUUGUGUAUCGCAAGACAAUUUUAAAAUAAACUCUUUAGAAAAUGGAGUAAAUGAAAAAGAUAGUGAAUUGAAAGAUAAAGACGUUUCUAUAAUUAAUGAUAAAGAGAAAGAAAAAAGUCUCUACACAUGUGAUCACCAAAAUAGCUAUUUAGACAAUUGUUGUAAUAGUAAUAUAAAUAAGGAAAAUACAUUUCAAAAAAUAAAAUUGAAUAAUAAUUUUCAAAACAAAUGUGUCUAUCCCAUAAAUAAUAAUGUGUGUAAAAAUAAGUUAAAUUGUGAAAUAAAAAAUGAACAAAGAUGUAAUGAAUGCUAUUCCUUUUUUUUAAAAAUGCUAAAAGAUUGUGAAAAAAUAAAGUUUAUAGAAAUGAAUAAACAAAAUGAAGAUCAAAAAGAAGUGCAUUUAAAUUGUAUCUAUGAUAGUCAAUACAAUUUAAGUAAAGAUGUGAUAUGCUGUCAUAAAUGUGGAGAAGUUUAUAAUAGCAAAGAUGUUCCUUAUUUUGAUGUACAUAAUGAAAGUAAAACUGAAAUACAAAAGAGUGUGCUAUUAUUAAAUAGUGAUAUAUGUCAUGGUGGUAAUGAAAGUAGUGAAACUGUAAUAAUUGAGAAUGAAGAGAAUGAUCACAAUUUAUUUAAAAUUAAUAAUAUAGCAAAUAUUUCAGAUGAUUUGAAAAAAUCAAAAUCUUAUAAUUUCAUAAGUAGUAAUAUUAAAUACAUUCCUGAAUAUUAUUAUUCAAAUAUAAAUAACAAAAUUGUUCUAAACAAGAAUGUAAUUGUACAAAAGAAUGGGCACAUAACUGAUAGAUCUAAUUUAGUGACUUGUCAUUGCGCUAUGCAAAAAAAUGAUUACUCUAUUCCUCAGUUGUCAAGCAUUCAACACGAGGUAUGUGCAAGUGCAUCACAAGAGGUUUGCAAAAAAAAAUGUAGAAAAAAUUGCAGAAAAGGAUGUCAAAGUGAUGGUUGGAAAGUGGGGGGUGUAGCGAAACCCAAAAUGGAUUCACAAGAAAAUUUAUAUAAAAUAGUUAGUUACAAAAAUGUGAUUAAAAAUACGUUGCCUUCGAAUUAUAUAGAUGUUGAUGUGAAUCCGUUUCGAGUGCCAUACAAAAGUAUAGGAUCUUUUUUGAGUUGUUCAAAUUAUAUGGGUAGAAAAAAACGAAGAAAAAUAAAAAAAAAAAAACUAAGGCAGAUAGGAAAAAAGUUAUGCAAAAGACAUAGAGAGACAAAAUGUGAUGAAGCUAUAAUUGAAUCUAAGAGUAAAAAAUUGAUCAAAAAAAAUGUAGAAAAUAUUUCAGAAGAAUUAUUUAAUGCUGACUUUAGUGAUGUAAAUAGUUCUGAAAAAGUUAGCAUAGAAAUUAGUAAAGAGAAUUUAUUGGAUGUAGAAAACAAAAUGAAUGGUACUACUAUUUUAAAUUCAUUUGAAAAAAAGAUCGAGCUAAAUGAUAAGCUAGCGAAAAAACAAGGUGAUAAGGAAAAGAAUAAAGUUCAUGAUUUAGGGAAAUCUGAAAUGAAAGAGAAUAAACAAUUGGAAGGUGAAAAAAAGAAAACUAAUAAGAGAUCAAAAAAGAAGUAUUUAAAAAAAGGAGAAAAAAAUAGAGUUAGAAAAAAAGUAUAUAAUAAACAAAAAUAUUAUGAAAACAAUAAAACUAUAUUAUAUUUAGAGGAUAGAGACAAAAGAUAUUUAUCAGAAUAUAAUGAAGAUACUUUAUCAGUAAAAAAAAACAAUUUUGAAAAUGAGCCAUAUACAAAAAAUUCCAAUACUAAUAAAUAUGAGUUAAGGGAAAAAAGAAAAAUUAAAUAUAUAUUGCCAUCGAUAAAUAAGAAAUUACGAAGAGAUAGUUCAAGACAAAUCUUUGAUCCAUUUUUAUAUAACAACACGUGGGCUAUAAAAAAAGUAUAA